AUUGUGAGAGGAUGUUGUUGUGCAUUAGACAAUAAUAUCAACAACUCGUGCUAUAUUUACAAUCUAAAUGACCUCAAAAACCUCGUCUCAAAGACAUAAAAAGGGAAUUCAGUAAUUUUUCAUUAGAUGUGACAAAAGUAACCACCAUGAAGUAUCUACAGAUUUUCCUUAUCCUUGUGAUUGUUGGGUUGGGUAUGGCAGGAAAAGAUUCGGCAGAAAAUGACGUAUCCCAACCUCCGCCUCUCAAAAGCUGCUCUGACGACAGCGACUGUGACGACCUAGAGAUAUGUGAAGAGAUUCCGGACCUGGGGGAGAGCAUGUGUAUCCCAGGAGUCGAGGAGGCACAACAACAGAACAGCAACUGGUAUGGAAGAAGAUUCCAAAGGAUAAGGUUUAACAGAAGAUUUCAGAGGAGGAGGUAUUGGAGAAGAUAUCAGAGGCUUAUAAUUUGGAGAAAAUAUCAUGGAAAGUAUUAGAGAAGAUUUCAGAGGAAAAGCUUUAUAAAGCCCUUAAGGGGAUAUGGUCGCAGCACUGUCUACGCUGUAGAAAGGAAAUGUGCAUCGGAAAUAACUACAGAGACAUCAUAUAAUAUAUAACAUCUUUUAUCAAAUAAAAAAAAGGUUAUAGAGUAUUUAACUACAUCAAAGCGUCAAUGCUACCGCAUUGAAUUCACCAAAACUAUGCUGAUCGCAAUACCUUUUGAUAACGUGACGCUACUUUUAUUUAAUCAUUGUUUGGAAAGUAUAUUGAGUAUAAACUGUCACCGAGUUUUGUUUUAAGGAAUGAAACAUCAUAAUAUCAACAAUUUUAAAAUUGAGCUCUAUUUCAUGAAAUGUAUCACACAAAACACUUUCUAGAGAUUACAAGAUUCGAAGAAAUAAUUAAUCAAUCAACCAUUUGAACUUUAAUUUGGGUACAAAUGUACAUACUGUCGAUAUUGAUUUCCAUGUGGUUCAGAUUAAAUGCAUAUAUCACGUGAGUGUCAGAUCACGUGACGAACUUUAAUUUACUUCAGAAUGGUAUAUUUGUUAACGCACUUGUACAUGUAUUGUAAAUGCUUUUUUUCUCAAUCUGUUUUAAUUUGUACUAAAUUUAUGACAUAGUCAUUGCUGCAUGGAAAUAAAGUUUUAAAAGUAUAUUUCUUAAGUACAUUUCUUAAAUCUGUUCAUUUAUUCAAAAUAUAUAGUUUUCGAUGGACUUGAUUUUAUCCAAAAAAAAUUUUGUAGUAAAUGUCAACAAUUAAGCUUGGAUUCCUUCAUUUUUCAACCAAUUUGAAUCUGUCAUACUGUAUAUUGACUUGAAAAUAACACAAUCUUACGAAUAUAUAUUAACAAAAACCUUCUCUUAGAAUAUUAAAGAUUUUUGCCUUGAUAUUACUACCAAACACGUUUACAGUUGGUUGCUAUAAGAGGAAAAUUCCCUAGUUUGAGCUCCAAGACGUUGGCCAAGGGACAUAACUCGAAACAAAAAUACGUCAUACAAAAACUACAUAUUUAAUUAAAAUCUUAGGGAAGAUUUGUGUAUGUUAUAUAAAAAUUUAAACUUUAGUAGAUAUCUUCUUCACCUCAGGGCACCUGAUCACACCUCACUGUUAACUCUUUUUGUCCGUGUUUUAUGCUUUGUUCACAGAUGUUUAUUAUUUCCAGGUUAUUUGGAGAUAGGUCUCUCUCUGUUUGAUACCUUCAUCUUUUUUAUUUGGUUGGCUUUAAGCUGACGAUGAUACCUAAACAUCAGAGGUAGAAUCAGGUGCCUUGGAUGGAGUAAAGACCUCCUUUCGACCGGUCACACUCGCUAUGUACUCCUGGUCAUGAUCGAACAAACAGGAAAAUCCGUAGAUUAAUUGAUUGUAACAACACCUGAAAAGUACACAUUAAAAGGGCUACCGAAAACCUCACCAUUGUAAGUAUGUGAUCCGAUUAAACCUAACGAUUGAUUUAUCCUUCUUAAAAUUUAACUGUAUAAGAACACUUGUUUUGUGUCUUAAGAAGUUCAGGUAACCGUCUUUAGUUUCUUUAUCACUUUGAGCCAGUAUCUUGCCAAUUUCAUGCAAACAAGGUUU